GUACGGCACAGCAUACUAAGGGGUGUAUACAUUCACGAUGUGUUUAGCGAGAAAGCGGUAACUGUUCGUUUCUAGGCAGUUGUUCUGGGGCACUUCUGUAUAUUUAACACUAUUUUGGGGGGUAUGAAGAAGAAGAAUGACAGAGGUCUUCCAACAGAGCGGUUGUAAACAUGAACGGUGCCCUGUACAUUUCGUUUUUCCAAGGUCAGCUGGAGUCCGCACUGGAGCAGGUAGUGCAGCUCGCCGUUCAGGAAAUCACCAAGACUGUUGGGGCCACUUUGAAUUCAAUGCUAUUGGAAACAGCCACCAAAGAGCAGGAAAAUCUGCGUUUAAGGGCAACCCUUCAGUCUCGGCAGCAAGAAUACGGAGGGAACGGGAAAAGCAAUGCGUCUAAAAGAAAAACAGACGCGAACGAUGAAACAAAGCAACACACCCCCAGUCAGAGCCCUGACUGUGGCGUUCAGUCUGAAACGCUCAGACGUGAACAGAAAGGGCGAGCAGUUGGUCAGUUAAAAUCUGUUAUGGAACACGUGCUGGAAUUCGCCGUUUGUGAGCUGACCAAAAUUGUAGAAGACAGCUUUGACGACCUGCUCUUGGAGUUUACCAAGAAGGAGCGGGAAAACCAGAUAUUGAAAGAGCAGCUACAGGAAAAGAAGAUAGUGGAAACCAAUGACGUGGUUGCUGUGGUACCAGAAGACUGCGAAAAUGACUCUGCCUCUCCUAGCAGUUCCAAAGUAGAAAAGCAAGAGUCGAAAGGCCUGCAGGACCAAUCACCCAAAAAAGGGUGGGAAAAGGAACAAACUGAAUCCACCAAUGAACAAGACAAGCAGACUGUCAUUGCAGUGUCUCAAGACUGGGUGCCCAUCCUGGACAAAGUAUUUGGGCAGAAGUGGUGCAAUGACUUCUGGCAAAUCAAAGAGGUCACCACCAGUAAGGAGGAGCGCAACGAGCUGAACUCUGCCUCGGUGACUGACAUGGACAGCCUAAUUCGAGAGACGCUCAUGCCGUCUUGCCUGGCCAGUCAAAGGAAACUGGAGCUUGAGGUGGGGCAGCCGCCCUGGUUGCAGGUAGACGACAUGGAGGUUGUUUCUUUAUCCUCGGACACACAAGGCGUUCCAGUCAUCAGCUCCACAGGCGACAACUCUCAAAUCAGAUCCCCGUCUAUGUUGCAAAGACUCCUGACGCUUCCAUCCCAGCUGCUCGAGGAUGAUGAUGAGUCCAUGGAUGCUGUUCCCAGUCUGGAAGUGUUCAUGGACCCAGCUGAUUCGCAAGUCGGCAAAGAUUCAAAGAGUAACCAGGCGAAUAAGAAAAAGGAAGAGGAGGGUGAAGACGAGGUGGAUGACGAAGAUGACGACGAGAUGAUGAGCAGGUGUGAGUCCUCGAAAUCCAAAGGUAGGAGGAAAUCCCAUGCUUGCAAAGAGUGCGGCAGAAAGUUCAGCCGAGCUCAUCUACUCAGAGCUCACCGGCAAACGCACGAGGAGACGCCCAACCGAUGCCCACAAUGUGGAAAGAGUUUCUCCCAGUCUUCAAGGCUCCAGGCUCACUUACGGACACACACGGACAAAACAAUAUGAGAGCGUGUAGAUGAAGCAAAUUCAGGAGAAAUUUAGCAAAUGAAAAGGGAUGUUUUUCUAAUAUUUAUUGCUUUUCAGAGUGAGUCAGACUUUCAAAUUCAUUUAAAAUAGGGAUGCUCCGAUCAGGAUUUUUGCAUUGGCUGAUAUCGAUCCCGAUCAUUUAAGCUUUAUAGAAGUGAUAUGUAGUUGACUGUCAUUGUUAACUUUUUUUUUUCUGAUAAAAUAAUACCACAGAUGUUGCCUUGGUUAUAUUAUUCACAGUAAUGUUGUACAACCCCAAUAAAAGUUGACAGAAAAGUUGGGACAUUUUGUAAAAUGUAAUAAAAUCAAGAAUUAGUGAUUUUCUUAAUUCUGUUUAACAUUUAUUUAACUGACAAAAGUACAAAGAGAAACUUUCCAAUGAUUUCACUGGCCAAUUGUAUUUUGUAAAUUAUUAACAAAUUUUGAUUUUGAUGGUUGCAACACCGUCCAAAAAAGUUGAGACGGAGGCAAAAUAAAAGUGAAAACUUUUUGGAAUAUCCUAGUUAAACUGUUUUGAAACAGUCCACAGUUAGAAGGUGAAUUGGUAAUAGAUGAGGGUAUCGUGAUUGGGUAUAAAAGGAGCAUCCACCAAAGACUCGGUCUUUGCGAGCAAACAUGGGUCAUGGCUCACCACUAUGUGCUGAAUUUCAUGAGAAUUGUCAAACAAUUCAAAAAUCACAUUUCUCAGUGCAAUAUUUGACUUUCAGGACUUUCAGCAUCUAGCAUUUAUAAUGUUGUGAAAAGAUUCAGGGAAUCCAGAGAAAUCUCAGUCUGUGUAGGGCAAGGCAGGAAACCUCCGUUUAAUGUGUGUGACCUUCAAGCUUUCAGACAACGUUACAUGAGAAACCAUCAUGCUGCUGUGUUAAAUAUAGCCACAUGGGCUCAGGAGUACUUUGGAAAACCAUUGUCACUCAACACAGUCUGCCACUGCAUCAAGAAAUGCAACUUGAAUCGUUGUUACGCAAGGAGAAAACUAUACAUCUGUUCUCUGGGCCCGUGCUUAUCUCAGAUGGUCCAGAAGACCAAAAUGUGAGCUGUGGUAAAUGUGAGCUGUGGUAAGAUGAGUCCAGGUUUCAGCAUGUUUUUGGGAAAAACUUGCAUCGAGUUUUCAGUCCCAAAGACGAAAGGGACCAUCCAGAAUUUCAUCAGCGACAGGUGCAAAAGCAAACAUCUGUCAUGGUAUGGAAACGGCAUGGGUGACUUGCAUAUGUGUGAAGGUACCAUUGACAUGGAGAUGUAUACUGAGAUUGUACAGAGACAUAUCAAGUUGCCAACAAGAUGACAUCUUUCCUGGGAAGCAGGACAGUGCCUCAUUCUGCAUGUGUUACAACAGAGUGGUUUCUUAGACACUCUACAUCAUAGAGUGGAUGUACUUGACUGGCCUGUCUGCAGUCCAGAUCUGUUUCUUAUUCAAAGUGUAUAGCAAAUCAUGAAAAGGAGAAUCAGACAACGACGACCACAGACUGUUGAGCAGCUGUCUUGUAUCAGGCGAGAAUGGGCAAAAAUUCCACUUGCAAAAAUACAACAAUUGUCAAUUAAAAAGUGUAAUUAAAAGGAAAGGUGAUGUGACACAGUGGUAAACAUGCCUCUGUUACAACUUUUUUGGAGUGUGUUGCAGCCAUCAAAAUGAAAAUGUUUUGAUUUAUACAAAAUUAUAUUUUAGUUGGUCAGUGAAAACUUUGAAAAUCUUUUCUUUGUACUUUUGUCAGUUAAAUAAAGGUUAAGAGAAUCAACAAAUCACAGUUUAUUUAUUACAUUUUUAAAAAACAUCCCAACUUUUCUGGGGUUGUAUUUGUUUUAAUUGAGAAAUAAUAAGCACAACAAAUAUUAAUUUGAACAUUUUGAUAGGCCUUUUUUAAAAACGGAGCUUACGCAAAACACUGUCCAUAUUAGGAUACUUUGGCUUAAAGAGCCUACAAGACUUUAUAACUGAACGUAAUUGCAGGCUGUCAGUCAGUGCAGUUACAUUGUUACGCCAGCAGUUGGCGGCAAGCUACUGUCUCUUGAGUGACGCGUCACCUGGGUAGCGCUGAAGCUGAUGUUUCUCUUCAAUGGCAUUAAUCCAGUGUAUUGAACAGAGCUGACUCCAGUCAUGGUAAAUCCCCUUAAAUGUUGAAAAAAUACUACGACAAAGAUAUCGCCUUCAUCUUCUGACAGCUGAUGGCAAAGUAAAUUUUUUCAUGAAUAUAUGACUUGACCUGAAGAAGGACAGACGCAGGUAAUCACACAUGCUCAGUUUCCCUGUCGCUGAGAGCAGAUGACAGAGGCAGCGAAUCAGGUUCAUUGUAUAGACCUUAUUCACAACAUCUUUACAUUUCAACAGUGGGUUGUACCAUUGUGUUUUUGGAUUGUUCUGCUGAUGAAACUGCAAAAAUAUCUUUCCAAGAAAUUUCAGUAGACAAAAAACUCCCGACAAUAUGAGCUGUGGAAAAUUAUGUGAUCUAGGAGCUUUAUGCAGCUUUUUACAGCGAAUGCUACUGAAAAUCCCUUACAGUCUCACUUUUGUAUCUGUCAUGGCACUGCUCUGAAUAAGGUCUAUUAAAUCCUUUAGCCAGUGUUCCUCCACGUGAUGUUUCUUUAGAAAAUGACAGGUGACUACGGCACUAAAGUUUGACGUCAUCGCGUUUUUUUGCGUCAUCAAAUUGGGAUCGGUUUGUGAAAUCAGCCAAAUUUAGCGACUACCAAUUGAGUCAUAGAAUGUGAUUAUCGGCCGAUACCAAACUACGGCUAAUCAAUCGGAGCAUCCCUAAUUUCAAGUGCUGAAGGAAGUACAAAAAACUCAGUCUUUUUUGCUAGUUUGAAGGUACUUUGACGUAAAAGGAUUUGUCAUCCAAUAUGAUUUAAAAUGUUUUUUUACCUUCAUUUUGGUUCCCUAAUUUUAGGGAAAAUUCGAAGAAACAAAAACCAGUAACCACAAGCUGUACAUGAAGUGUAAAUAUCAGAGUAGGGCUAUAUAGACACAAUAUCACAAUAAGGACUGAAGAAUUUCCUUUUUCCAUUGGGUGUUUUUUUUUUUGUUUGUUUGUUUUUUAAAGAUCUUAAACUUUGUAAAUAUUUCACACAUUACAUGAACCUAUUGUGGAAAAGGAAAGGAGAGCAGUUGCUAUGUCCCUUGCAGCAUGGUGGUCUUGUUUUUUUGUUUAUGUUUUUUACAAACAUUCGAAUGUGAUCAGAUGAACAAGAGAUAUUGUAACGCGUCUCCUGCGAUCAAAUCAACCAUCUUUAGUACUCAACGUGAAAUACCUCUUAUGUUCAGAUGUCAUACUGGAUUUUUUUAUAUAACUAAUGUUUUGACUUGUAUGUCCAAUUCUAAAUGUUUUCUUCAACCUUUCACCGUGGACAGAGGAUGUCUUACAGUUUUCAACUUGAACUUGCACAAUUGUCAUCAUUGCAUGACGUGCACAACCAAGGAGCUGUCUUCAGGAGGCAAGGAGUCAAGGAUGGAGUUGGCGUUGGGUCAAGAAAAUUGCAUUGAAAUGGUUAUUGGAAAGAAACUUGAAGUUCCUAAACCUUCAUAUUCUCGUUUCAGUGACUUUAUAAGUGGAUCUGACUUAUCCUCAACUAGAGUAGUGUCUUCCUGUACUGAUUGCAUUGUAGUGUUUGCAUGGCUCUUGAACUUGGAGAAAUGCUCAGUUGUUGGUUGUGAGAUUGGUUUUCCCAGCAUCGGUGGCAUAUAUCUGAAUAUGGAGUCUUCCUUAUGGAAGCUGUUAUCUACAAUUUUCAGAGAGGCAGACAAACCCUGCACUUACGAUUUAUGCCCUAUAUCGAAGGGAACGCUAACAGCGAAGUCCUACUUGUUACGCACAUUCCCUGAAGUUUUACAAUAUCAUCUUUGUCAGUAAUAAGCAUAAUGGGAAAUAAGUACAAGGUGUUACUGUUACUUCUUGGAUCAAUACCUCAUCGAUGGGACCAUAUCUUUUAGGACUUCUGCAAUAUCAGGAGUUAAGGUCCUGUUCAAAAGAAACGUUUACAAAUGGAACGGGACUGGCUGUUGGCCUACUUAUUUGAUUGUGCUUUUAAAAAUGUGGCUUAUUUUGUUUAACGCUACCUAAUAUCGCCCUGUAGGAAGGUACCAAGAACUUGUGACCCAAAGAUUACAAUGAAGGGAAUUCAUUCGACCAUACAUACUCUUAUGAGAUUGUAACUUUUUUUGUGUGUGUUUUUCAUUAUGGGCCAUUACAUGUUAGAUUAUGAACCCUUAGGCCCUGUCCUAAAUGGCACACCUCAUAUGCACUUGUGGUCUUGUGGACUUACAAUGGCCACCGCAUAUGCAUGUCCAUUAAGUUCAAAAGACCGUAGGGCACCCCAUUUCAUUUUAGGUUUCAAAAGGGUGCUCGUGAGUGCCCCCUUUGCAGCCGAUAUACGCCCUUGAUGUGCACUUUUGGCGAGCCACUCUAAAACAAGCUUCGCAGCAAAGAGGCAUUAUGUCACGAAAGUGCGGAUUCAGAGGAAGAUUUCCAUUUGGGACAGGGGCUAAGUUUAUUUUCAAAUGUGUUGAGUAUCUUAACUUCAUUAGUAGACUAUAAUGAAGUACAUCAUCUGUUGCUAGUGCCUAGAUUUAACCGUUAAAUAAGCUGAUUAAUUCAUUGUUUAGCACCCUGCUUUAAAAAAAAAAACAAAACUUACCAGAACUACUACUUUCUUGUGCUUAGUACUUUCACCUGAACAGGCAACUAUAGAUAUUGUACUAGUUCUCUUUAUCCAUGUUACUGCUAGUCAGAUCUGACUUCUGUGUAAUUAGAAAUGUUAAAGUAACUCAGUAUGUUCCAUUGAUGCAGACUACUGGGAAGGAUACUGGAAAGGGAUAGUUCAACCAAAAAUAAAAACACUCAAGACAUUUUUCAAAAUAGCGAUAUUCCACAGAAGAAAGUAAGUCAUACAGGUUUGGAAUGACGAGGGUGAGUAAAUGAUGACAAAAUUUUCGUUUUUGGGUGAACUAACCCUUUAAAAAUGAAAAUUCUGUCAUUAAUUACUCACCCUCAUGUCGUUCCACACCCAUAAGGCCUUCGUUCAUCUCCGGAACACAAAUUAAGAUAUUUUUCAUAAAAUCCGAUGGCUCAGUGAGGCCUCCAUUGCCAGCAAGACAAUUAACACUUUCAAUGCCCAGAAAGCUACUAAAGACGGAUUUAAAACAGUUCAUGUGACUACAGUGGUUCAUAAAGCUUUGAAUCUUUACGAAUCUUUUGUUUCGAAUCAGUGGUUUGGAGCGUGUAUCAAACGGCCAAAGUCCGCCCCCCCCCAGUGGUGAACCAUUGAAAUUUCAAAACACGACAUAACGUAGCCUCAUUUACUGAAACUUGGCAGUUUGGCUGCACGCUCCAAACCACUGAUUUGAAACAAAAUAUUCGUAAAGCUUCGAAGCUUCAUGAAGCAGUGUUUUGAAAUCACCCAUCACUAGAUAUUUUUGAAUAAAGUCGUUAUUUUAUUUAUUUAUUUUUUUUUUUUUUGGUGCACAAAAAGUAUUCUCUUCGCUUCAUAAUAUUAAGGUUGAACCACUGUAGUCACAUGAACUGUUUUAAAUUUGUCUUUAGUAGCUUUCUGGGCAUCUGAAAGUGUUAAUUAUCUUGCUGGCAAUGCAGGCCUCACUGAACCAUCGGUCACAAUAUCUUAAUUUGUGUUCUGAAGAUGAACGAAAGUCUUACGGGUGUGGAACGAUAUGAGGGUGAGUAAUUGAUGACAGAAAUUUCAUUUUUGGGUGAACUAACCCUUUAAGUGAAUUACAGUUGAUUGAUUCAAAUGACUGAACAGGAUUAUUGGUAAGAGUGACAAUAUAAUGGUAUAUUUCCAUUUUGUUCUGGGUUACAAUAAGCAAUUUAAAUUAAUAUUGAAGGACUUGAAUUUUGCAUUUGAUUGAAUGCAGUGCAGCAGCCCCAUGUAUGAAAUAAAGAAACUCCGCAUGUAAAACGUCUUUAGGGUGCAGCUGUUUAUUCAGUUAGUAAUGGCGAAUGUGUGAUGCAGUCCCUUGUAAAAAUGACAUUGUGCGGUAUUUAGUGCCUGAAAUAGUUUGUUUGUGUGUGUGUCUGCAGUCACUGACUUUCCAUGAAGUUGAUCAUGAUGAUAACUGAAGGGACCGGCAUUGAUAUUCUGUAAGAAUGCUUUUACCUGUUAAUUUUUUGUAACCUUUUUUUAUGAAGCAAAAUCAAUAACCUUCUGCCAAACAGUCUGAAAAAUGAGUUCAAAGAGCUUUGCGGUCAUUCAUUCACCCAGAGAACUGCAUUAUUCUUACAAACCUACUUGAGCAUUUUGGUGUUUUGUUUUAUGUUUUGCAUGAUGACUCCUUUUAUCGGUUUUGCUACUUUUUAAGAAUCUAUUGCAUUGUAUUGAAAAGAACACUUCUUGUUGUAACAGACCAAUUGGAUCAACUCUUUUCCAUGGAUUAAGGUUUGUAGUUUUUUUGUUACGUUAGAGCAUCUGAAUGGAUUAUAGAGGAUCAGCAUUUGACCAAUAAAUGCCAAGUAUUACUUUUGUACCAUUUUUCUUUUCCUUUUUUUUUUCUUUGUUUACUCCAGUAUAUAUUUUGCACUGUUACUCCACACAUCCAUACCUCAGUUUUGUUGGUAGCCUGAAAGCUUUGCAUAGAAAUCAGAUUGUUUGUUUGCUCAGUUCAUUACCUCAGGACUCAUUCACAUAGUUGCAUGGUGAAAAUAGACAAUUACCAGUGCUCCGUUAAAUUUUCAGUAAUGCCUUUGGGUUUAAAUUCAGUAAUAAUUACGUUAGGGUGAUUAAUGAAAAUCCUCUACUUAAUUCAUAUUUGUUAAUUUACAGAAAAUCAUUGUUAUGAUCCAGGUAAUUAUGAACUUCAUACACAGAAAAUCAAUAUUAAAUCUUUUCAAUGUUGCACAAAAUUUGAUCAAUGAUCAGAAAUUGUUACUAUAGGGAAGUUGGGUGUAUUUGUUUCUGAAUUUUUCAUAUCUUAAGAAUGCCUGUUGUAACCAGCAUUUAAUUUCUAAAUUUUUCCAAAAAAUACAUUUUUUUCUAUCACUGAAAUGUCUUUUAAUGUGACUUGAAGUAGUUGUACAUUUGAAUUAUGGCAAUACAUUAAAAGGUGUAAAAUCGCA